UUCUACCUUCAAAGAGAGGAAACUUCAUUCAAAAGAGCACAGGGUGAAGAAGGAGUUUCGCUGUGAACAGUGCGGGAAGGAUUUUUUCACCACUGCUCAGAAUAUGAAAGCUCAUAUAAAGACACACGACGAAAAGUCUUUCCAGUGCAGCGAAUGUGAAAAGUAUUUCAGCACCAAAGCAAAUCUGGAUGCUCAUAAGCGAAUCCACACGGGAGAAAGACCGUACAAGUGCCCUCACUGCGAGAAGACCUACAACCACGGAUCUCAUCUGAAGAAACAUGUGCGUGUUCACACCAAUGAGAGACCGUACCAGUGCAGCGAAUGUGGGAAAACCUUCAUAGAGUCAGGCAGUCUAAAGUCACACCAGAGAAUCCACUCUGAUGAGAAACCGUAUCAGUGCAAACACUGUGACAAACGCUUCCGGCAGAAAUCCUAUCUGAAGUGUCACGAGAGGAUUCACACCGGAGAGAAACCGUAUCUGUGCUCCCACUGCGGGAAGAGCUUUUCCAAUCCGACACAUUUUGGAUUUCAUAAGAGAGUCCACACGGGAGAAAAACCGUAUCACUGCAGCGUUUGUGAGAAGAGGUUCAGUAAGUUUGAUACUUUACAAAGCCACAAGAGGAUUCAUACCGGAGAAAGACCGUUCAAAUGCUCACAGUGUGACAAGACGUUUGCUCGAUCAGACGUCCUGAAGGUCCAUCAGCGAGUUCAUACAGGAGAGAAACCUUACUGCUGCUCCAUCUGCGGCGAGAGAUUUGCUUAUUUGGGUAGCUUUCAGACCCAUCAGAACAAACACGCUAAAGAAGAAACUGCUCCAGAAUCAUCAGAGUGACUUACAUCAGUCAAUCUGGAAAAAAGACUCAUUCAGCUCAUCCUGAAACAUCAGGGCUAGAAAUGACUGUUACUUCCCUCAGUGUGUGUCCCUGUUCUCUCGGCAGCCACAGAGCCACCUGUGGGAAAACAUUUGUCCCGUGAAGAAACUUCGAAAGAAAAAAAGAGCAGAAAGACUUGAGUCGCGAGACACGCGGCAGCAGCUUUCCUACCGCUGAUGAUUAACCAGAGCAGUGCAAACAAAUCCAUCUUCCAACCCACAUGAAAUAUCAUGAUGGGAUUCACCCCAGAGAGAAACCGUACCUGUGCUUAUUUAAAGAGUUUUCAGACCCACCAGAAUACACACAAAAAUACAAGCAAAAUCGUCAUAGCAAUCUAUUAACUAAUACUAGACCUUUACUAACUAAAUAAAAGGUCUCAAGCUUAUUGAAGACUACGGCAAGAAAUACUAGAGAAACUGAAUUAAGUAUUCCAGUGUAAAGAUAAAACACUGCAUAACCUUGCUAUUCUCUGUAGGUUGUUGCACAAAACAUCAGCAACUUUUUUUUGCAAGUUGAGUUUACAUGAUUUUAAAAAUUAAACCUUUAAGUAACCAUCGGGGAAAGAUUCUUCAAAAAAAUAAAUAAAUACCUGCACCGUUCUGGGAACAAUAUUUGAUGGUUUUGGAAAAAAAUAAGAAUGUUAUUAUUGGGUUCUCAAACGGGAACCGAAUGCUAACAUUAAGCGAACAUUUGCUUGGUUGGCUUUCCUUGGAAUAAGUUCAUUUAAUCAAGAGAGAGCUUUUCUCUGAAUGUUAUUAGCCAUGCAAUAACCGCCAUGCAAGGGAAGAUGCAAUAACCGCUGUGCUGCCAUGCAAGGGAAUAUAUUCACUGGGUUGAAAUGAAUCCUCUGGAUAGAAAAGUGUUUUUGUGGCAGGUGUUCUUCCUUCAAACUACUUUAAUGUGCAGAU